AUGGGGCGCAUAAUCAUCACCAAUGCCACAAUCCUCGCGCUGGAUGAGAAGGACACAUUCCUCUACCCAAGCUAUCUCGAGAUCCGCGACGACAAGAUCUACUCCCUCGGCGAUACUGCCCCAGACUUCUCGCACGAUGGCUACACGGGCGCGACAGAGUCCAUCGACGGCACCGAUAAGCUCCUGAUGCCUGGCCUGGUAGACCUGCACUUCCACACCUCCAUAGCCAAAGGUUACGAGGACGACCUCCCGCUCUGGGAGUACCUGGACGAGAUCUGGUAUCCGGCGAUCCGGGCCCUGACACCCGAGACGGCACGCCUCGCAGCACUGCACUCCUACGCCACGGCGUUGAAAUCAGGGACCACGACGGUGAACGAUAUGUACCGACAACUGUCGUCAUUGGCGUCUGCGGCAGAGCAGAUCGGCAUCCGCGCCGUGCUGAGCAACGACAUUGCACUACCGGAGCACAGGCUUGACUCGGUCGCCGAUAACAUCGCUGCGUUCCGGGCUCAUCACGGUUCGGCUGACGGUCGCGUUACCGUGUGGAUGGGGCUCGAGUGGCUUCCGCUGGCAGACGAGGCUUUACUGAAAGAGCUAGCGAAGACGAAGCGCGAGCUGGGGACCGGCCUGCACAUCCACCUCUGCGAAUCCCGCUCCGAGCUCGCGGAUUGUGCUACGCGUUACGGUGACAGAACGCCUAUCCAAGUGGCUUAUGACGCAGGGCUGCUUGGGCCUGAUACCGUGGCUGCGCAUUGCGUCCAUCUGAGUGAUAGCGACAUCGAGCUCCUGGCCAAAACAAGCACCAACGUCAGUAUCAACAGCGGCUCGAAUGCCAAGGUCGGGAACGGCAUUGCACGGCUCGGUGCUCUCGUCGAUCGGGGCGUCAACUGCGGGAUGGGCGUUGAUGCUUGCGAGUGCCACAAUAGUACCGAUAUGUUCGAGGAGAUGAAGAUCACGUCGUACAUGCAGCGCGCCCUCCACGAGAACGCGGCGCUUGGGCGGUCGAGCCAGAUGCUUCAGAUGGCGACUGUGAAUGGCGCGCGUGCCUUGGGCGUGGAGGCUGGUGUGCUGGCGGCGGGGAAGAAAGCAGAUAUAAUCAUCAUAGAUCUCAAGAAGGACAUGAUGUUUACACCUCUGUUGAAGGCGCCGACAGAGAGUAGGCGGAAGCAGCUGGAAAGCCAUCUUGUAUUUGGGUGCAACGGGACGGCGGUGCAGACGGUUAUCGUAAACGGUCAGGUGGUCGUGCGGGAUCGUGUGGUGCUGGGUAUUGACGAGGAGGACAUCAGAUCGCAGAUGGACCAAGUCUUUGCGGACCUGGUUGACGAUAUGGAGAGUAAGAGGAUUCAGAGGCCGAAACAUUGA